AUAUCUGAUCCUUUCAAAGCCCAGUGGAUUAAAGUAGUUCCGACUCCCAACAAUGGUUCCACAGAGCUUGUCAGACUCCAUCAUAAACAGGUGUGAUGUUCUAUUAAUAUCAAUAACACAUUUUAAAGUUAUUUUGCAACAUUUAUGUUACAAAAUAUUUAAAUAAUUUUGAUAAUUAUUUCUUUUCACUCAUUAAUCUUUGACUUAUAUCCAUCUUUAGGCUGAAGGGGAUGACCUCUUAUGGUUCAUGUUUCAAAAGACAAAGUACUCGUACGAUGCAGAAGAGCACAAGCGAUUUGUCCCUCUUUCUUUUCCCAUCGAUCAGUCAGUGGGCUUUUACAUGGAAUGUAAGGGAUAUCAAGAGGAUGAGGAAGUUACAGCAGCUGAAAAGAAGUUUGGCAAGAAUUCGUAAGUUUAAGUUUUCUAAAGCGUUUAAUCUUAACCUCAUUAAUAAAUUAAUUCAAACACUAUAUUCCUGAAUGAUUUUCCUUAUUUAUCAUUUACUUAUUAAUUCGUUAUUGGGGCUUGUCUGAUGAGGCAGAUUCUGGCACAAAUGUCUUUGUGCGCAAGGUGCAAGGGAUGGAUAAGACAUCUCCAGGUGCAUAGUUAACUAGGGCUUUUCUUGAUUUUCUUUUGGGCUCUGCUGCAGCUGUUCUGUUGACAUCAUGUUGCAUUGAACCUUACUGUAGGGAAGAGUGCCACAAGUCUUUAUCCGCAAAAGUAAAAAUAUAUAUACUUAUUUAAUGAUCUAUUACUUAACUAUUGUUUAGCUUUAUCAAAAAUUCAUUCAAGUAUUUUAAUUACCUGAUGAUUUCAUUUCAGCAUGGUUAUGGACAUUCCAAAAUUCAUGGAACUCUUUAGGGAGAGAGCCACAGCCCCUUUCUUUGUAUUUCAAGUAUGAAUGAUAAAUUACUUUCCAAUUUUUUCUCCAUGUUUUUAAAAGAAACAUUUUAUUGGAUCAAACUUAUUGAAUCCAAUGUGUAGUCCAACUUUUUUUUUUUAGUCUUCUUUUUUAAUAUAUAUAUAUAUAUAUAUAUAUAUAUAUAUACUAAUAUUAAUUAUUGACUAAAAUGUAAAAUGAGCCACUUUCCCUUUGUGUGUUAUGUGUUUGAAAGAGUUCAAAUACUGUUGUUUCAUAUAAAAAUGUUUUUUUUUUUUUUUGACUUUUUUUUUAAUAUAUAUAUAUAUAUAUAUAUAUAUAUAUACUAAUAUUAAUUAUUGACUAAAAUGUAAAAUGAGCCACUUUCCCUUUGAGUGUUAUGUGUUUGAAAGAGUUCAAAUACUGCUGGUUCAUAUAAAAAUGAUUUGAAAUCUAUUUGUUUAUAUUUAAAUACAACUAUUACCCUAAUAUAAUCCACAUACCAGGUGUUUUGUGUAGGAUUAUGGUGCCUGGAUGAAUACUGGUACUACUCCGUGUUCACCCUCUUCAUGCUCAUUGCUUUUGAGGCUACACUAGUCCAGCAACAGCUGCGCAACAUGGCUGAAAUUAGGAAAAUGGGAAACAAGCCUUAUCUUAUACAGGUAACACUCUUAUUUUGUAUUGUGGGUUAUUAAAUUAGCCUUAAAUGUGUUUGCCGUCAUUAAAACACUAUAAAAAUGAAGUAAUGAGGGAGUAAAACACAUUACCAAAAUAUGUCAACUAGUUUUAACAUUGGUUACAAGUUUGACAUCUUUCUUUAUUAUUGUUCCAGGUGUACAGGAAUAGGAAGUGGAUCAAAAUAAUGACAGAUGAAUUACUUCCUGGAGAUAUUGUAUCUAUAGGUAAAUGAAGAUCAUAAGGAAAUGUAUGUAAUAAAAAAAAACUACUAUAAAUAUUUUUUCGGGCACAGUUAUCCAAAAAUCUCUUCCUUUAUUGACCUAUUAAUUUUAGAUUUAGUAUGAUUUAAUAAUUUUUAACAUUGGUUUAUUUUCUUCUCAGUUCGUUCUCAAGAAGAAAAGAUUGUACCAUGUGAUAUGUUACUUCUUCGUGGACCCUGUAUUGUUGAUGAAUCUAUGCUGACUGGCGAAUCUGUUCCUGUUAUGAAAGUAAGCUCUCUUUCAAGAGAAUUAUUUUACCUUGUUUUCUCAUAAAUUUAGUUUAUAAAAUAUGUCCUAAUAACUAAUUUAUCCAGGGCUUCAUUUCUGCAAUAGGUGAUUGAUCUUUAGAGUGUAAUGGCUUAUUAUUACAUAAUAAAGUUUUUUAACAGUAAAACAAUUUUAAAAAUAUGUUUCUGUUUGUUGACAGGAACCUGUUGAAAAUCUAGAAACAAAUCACUAUCUGAAUUUAGAGCAAGAUGGAAAACUUCAUGUUUUGUUUGGCGGCACCAAAGUAGUUCAGCACACACCCCCAAGUAAAUCAGGUCCUGGUUUGAAAGGUAAUUUAGAGGGGACAAAAUGUUGUUCAUUAAAACCUGGGAUUAUAGUUUUUUAGAAACCAAAAGGAUUUAUUUACUGUGACAUUUCACCAGCAAUGAACUCCAAAAAUGAGUGGACACAAAAAUCCAACUCCAAAAAUGAGUGGACCCAAAUAGAAAGUAAAUGUUUGUAGCAUUACACCAUUUUUAAUUUAAAAAAAUGAAAGAAACUGCAGCUGCAAAAGUUUUUCUUGUUUGUUUUUCCAGCAAGUGACAAUGGCUGCAUAGCUUAUGUGCUGCGUCACAGUUUCAAUACAUCUCAGGGUAAGCUGCUCCGCACCAUUCUGUUUGGUGUCAAACGAGUCACUGCCAACAACCUAGAGACAUUUUUCUUCAUUAUGUUCCUUCUGGUGUUCGCCAUCAUAGCUGCCUCCUACGUGUGGAUCAAGGGUAAGCCUUUCAUUGAAUGUGAAGAGGAUUAGAAAUAGCCAAGGCUUAGAAGAAGAUAUAAAUAGUAUCAGUCUGCUGAAAGUUAAAUGUUAAAGCAUUAUUUUAACAAUUGAAUGAGAUUUCGGGGACGAGGGGUAAAGUGACUCAUAUAUGAUAUCAUGGAAAUGGAUAGUUUCAAUAAAACUUAUGUUUGUUCCAAAAAUUCUUAUCAAAGAACAAAAUUAAUAUUUGUAACUUAACUCUAGUAUAGAUUAAUAAUUGUCUGAUUGCAGGUACUGAAGAUCCAACAAGGAAUCGAUACAAGCUCUUCUUAGAGUGUACUCUAAUCCUAACAUCAGUUGUUCCCCCUGAAUUACCUAUAGAGUUGUCCUUGGCAGUUAACACUUCAUUGUUAGCCCUUACCAAGUUGUGUAAGUUUAUUCAUGAACUCUGAGAUUCCCAUGUUUUAAAUGUUCUUUUCAAUCCUAUAGCUGUCAUGUUCAUAACAUCUGAUCAUCUGUGGCGUCAUUAAAAAGGCUAAUGAUUUAAUGUAUAUUGGUUAAGGGGAAAACAUUAUAUAAAUGACUUUGCUUCCUAUUUCCAUUACUAUCUGUGUGUUAACAUGCAUUUAACAGGGUUUUUUUGUGUGAUUAAUCCCAAAUUUUUACCAUCAUAUUGUCCGACGCCGGAGAGUUACAACACAGAAUUUCUUUAUUGGAAUUAUUUCAAAUAGAUUAAAAUGAAAACAAAUAUUUCAGAGAUAUACCAUGUGCUAGUAAUGACAGUAUUAGCUCUAGUGGUAGUGGGACAUAAGAGUCUGAUACAGACAAUUUUAGCCCUUAGCUUAGUUGUAUUACUAUUGAUAAAUUUGUUGGGAAAGGGUGGAAAUCGAACAGAAUAAGACCAAGAUUGGAUCACAAAGAUCUACCCAAAAGACAUUGAUGUUUGUGUAUGAUCUUUAGUAUUAAUUUAUAAAAAAUUAGAUCUAAUAACUUCAUUUGAAAAGGAAUUUUUGAACUUAUUUUGUGUCUCCCCCCUUGGAUUUUGUAUGACGGUAGGGAAUGAAAAAGAUUCACCAAUAUUACAAUUUUCAAUAUAAGUUGCUAUAACUUGCUAUAACUAUAAAUUUCUUCUAGUUUCUCAAAAAAAUUGAUUUUAUGCUAUGUUGAUCAAUUCAUUGGGUAUUUAGGGUGAGUUGAAAUCAGAAGUUCUCAAAUUUUGCUAACUCUGAAAAGGUCAAUAUAAACAUACAUAAUAUAAAAACAACUUCUUUUUCAUACCAUAAGAUACCUUGUCCAAUGUACUUUCUGAAAAGGUAUACUUGAUAGGGUCUUUAAAUUAAUUUAGUCGGGGAUUUUGUCAUUUUUGACAAGCAUAUGAAAAUGCUAAAAAAUGGCGUGAAGCUACAGAAAAACGAUCUUGACAGUUAUAGUGUUAAGGAAUACUUUUGUCAACAAAUAUUGUAUAAGAUUAUUUACAUUUCUAAAGGACCUAUAACUAGCAAGACUUAGAAUUUAUAAUCCAUAUCAGUACAUUAAAAAAAUGUAUUGAAUUGUUUGUGUGUGUAAAAGUUAGUCUAAUGGAAAUGUUAUUCUAUCAUACAGUUAAAGAUUGGUCAUAUUUUAUGUGCAACUCGGAGUAUUGUAUGACUCUAUUUUCAUAACUUUUUUUACUGGAAAUGUAAUUUUGCUUUGAUUUUGAUUUUACCGCCAGAUGUUUACUGUACAGAACCAUUCAGAAUACCUUUUGCAGGAAAGAUUGACAUCUGCUGUUUUGACAAAACAGGAACUCUAACCAGUGAUAACCUUGUUGUAGAAGGGGUGACUGGUCUUAAGUAAGUGUAAACUAAAAUAAUAUACAUUUGCUUAUUGAGGGUUUGGUUGUCAUUAUUUUUGCAUACUUUCCUUAAUCCUGACAUUGAAAAUAUUUUAAUUAUGUUAAUUUUUACUGAUGAUUCUUGCUCCUAUCAUGCAUAUUUAUUUUAUUCUCUUAAAAUAAAGUUGGAAAAAAUUGUUUAACAAAUUAUGUAAUAAAACACACUAUGUUGGAAAUUUAAUUUGACAUUCACACUGCGGUAAUGGACUUUUAUACAAGAUAGAUAGAAGUCAAUCAUAUUUGCCAACUUUAUUCUUGAUGUAGAAGGUAUUAUUAUUAGUGGUUUUAUAUAGCGCAGUACCCCAGCCUAGGCCUGGCCUCACCACGCUGUACAUACCAUUAAACAAAUAUAAUCAUGAACUUAAAAUUUAACAUACAUUAAUUAAAUAAAACAAAACAAAUGUAUAUUAACUCCCCCCAUUCCAGAACUAUUUGCAUGUCAAGCCGUAUUAGAAUUUGUAUUUUUAGCAUUUGCGUUAUUACAUAACAGAUCCUGCGGGACAUACGAUAACUAAGUCUUAAAUAUUAAAAGUUUUUCCAAGCUCCCAUAGCCUAAUAUUUGAAACUUUAAAUAAAAUUAAAAUCUUAUAAUAAUUUUAUAAGAAGGUUGCUCAAAGCUUUGGCAUGAGUAUAUUGAAAUGUUUAAAAAAAAAAGGUUUUAAGUACAGAUAAAUAAUUAAUAAUAUGUUGUUUUGUUGGCCAGUGGGUCUGAGGUUAUUGCUGCCCAUGAUGCUCCUCUAGAAACAAUGCAGGUUUUGGCCACCUGCCAUUCUUUAGUGCAGCUUGAUGAAGAGCUGGUAGGGGAUCCCCUUGAGAAGGCCACCCUCAAAGCUGUGGAAUGGACACUCACUAAAGGUUGGUUUCUUCCAUUAUUGUUUUAUUUGUUAACGCCUUUGAACAUUUUUGCCAAAAAUAUUUUGUUUGUACCGACUAUAUUUCUCUCAAGAAGAAAAAAAAACCUACCCGAAUUGCUGUUAAUAGCAUUUACCACUAAAUUCCCAGAUCCUAGACAAUCAAACACAUUUAUUAUCCCACCUUGAAAGGGAAUAUCACGAUAACUAAUGGCCAUAAACUACUUUAUUUAUCUUGCUUUAUUAGACAUGAAUAAUAGUGGAUUUAAACUUAUCUGGUAGGAAAAGGAAUUCUGUGCCAGAUUAAAUGCGAAGUUUAUUGUUGAAUGUAAAAUAAAUUACCUCUUUAAUACCUUUAAAAAAUAUAUAUUAGACUGUUACAUACAUAUAGAUAUUAUUUAUAUAUUUAAAUAUAUAUAUAUAUAUAUAUAUAUAUAAUAGUCUAGUACAGGGUAGGGCUAGGCUUAUUUUAAAACUAUACACGGUUAUUUUGUCAACCACCACUUAGACUUGCUUCGACUUCGAAAUUGAUGUCACUUUCCCUGCCUGCCCCUGUCUUGGCUGGUUUAAACAGUUUGUUUACAUUUGAAUGCGUUCCAUUUGUACUCAAUAAUGCCAUUAGGUGACACAAUUUCUAGAUUUUCUGUACUAGAACAUUUUGAUUCAAUUUCUAUGUAAAGCCUGCUAGUUUUUCUAACAUAGACUUUCUGAGGCUCAGACUUGCCUAGACUUACCCAAAAGAUAGACUUAGCAAGACUUAUAGAUAGACAUACGAGAACUUUAUAUUAUUGUAUGUAAAAAUUAAUAUUUUGAGAAUUGUAUAUUUUUUUCCACUUACUCUAGUUGAUACACUUUUUGCUUCGGCACUCAAAUUUGUAUUUUUAUGGAAAUUUAUCUAUAUAAUUAAAUAAAUUUUAUAGUAUGACUAGCUUUGGCAUUGUUUUUCUUAACAUACUGUUAAAUCAGUCUUUUGUUACAUAUUUUUUCCUCUGUGAACCAACUAUUAACACAGAUUUAAUAUUUACAACCAUAACUGUAUGUAACAUAGACUCUGACCAAUUUUAUGUGAUGCAUUUUCAUGAUAAUUUUUCUUUUUUAAACCAUUGCCAGGAGAGACGGUCGUCCCGCAGAAAAAGAAAACACACGGACUUAAGAUCUACCACAGAUUUCACUUCCAGAGCUCCUUGAAAAGGAUGUCUGUCAUUGUUGGGCACACACCGCCAGGGAGCACAGAAGUGCAGUACAGUGCAGCUGUGAAAGGUGCACCGGAGACCCUGAAAGCUAUGGUGAGUAACAUGAGUAUUUUGUUGGAUUUAAAUAGAGCCUCCUUGAAACUUAAUGUAUGUCAUAUUUUAAUAGCUGUCAUUUUUGGAAAUUUUUCAAUGGUUGAAAUCUUUAACUGGUUCUAGUGAAAAUGUAGUUGCUCCUUAGCCAAGUAUAAUAGGCAAGCCACUGAAGAAAAUUAUUAAGUAGAACCUUAGCCAAGUAUAGUAGACAAGCCACUGAAGAAAACUUUUAAGCAGAAUGAACUUUUAUAAAAAUGAUACAUUCAGAUUGAUGGUGGGGAAUCAGUGGACAGGGUGUUUCUCCAAGCCUCAACCCCCCUUAGAUUAGAACCUUGAGCUAGAGAAGAGUUUUUUUUUUAAAGGAAUCAGUGUAAAAGCUUACUGUUUGAAUCUCUUCCCAGGUGUCUCCUACUUGUUAUGUUAGUGUGAUGGGUUUUUUUUAGGGAAAAGGGGUUGUGUGGUGGGCUAUUGAGGAUCUAUCAGUAAAAUAAGCUGACAAAUUUGGUUAGCUCUAUUCAAUUUAAAGCAUUUUAGACUUAAACAUUAUUUUGGUGAAAUCUUAAAAUUCUCAUUUCCAUGAUUUAUUUCAUAUGUCUCACUUCUGUCAAUGAAAUUAAUAAAACUGAGUAAAUGAAAUUAUUUGUCUCUUCUAGUUCAGUUCACUGCCCUCAUAUUAUGAUGAGGUCUACCUUAAAAUGGCUAGGAGAGGAGCAAGAGUUUUGGCCCUUGGUCACAAAAAACUUGGAAUUAUGUCUCACCAACAGGUUAGAACUUUCUGAGGAACAAUUCUUAUAUUUGCUUUUCAGACUCAUGAUCAUUUUAUCUUUUAAAAAAUAUAAAAAUAUAGUCUAAGUUGUUUUUUAAAAAUAGUUUUGUACAAUCAUUUUUACAAAGACUUGUUUAAAGGUAGACUUAAUUUUAAAAAAUCAUGAAUUAAUUAGUGUUGAAUUCAUUAACUUUUUUUCAAUAACCAGCAGACACCAUUUCAUGCUGCACUGAUAACAUUGUAGAACAUAGCCAAACAUUUUAUAAAAAAAUAAGUUUUUUGGUAUAUCUAAAUAUCUGUCAAUAAAAAUAUUUUAUCUAUAUAUUAUAUAAGGUACGAGAUGUCACCCGAGAUCAAAUAGAGAGAGAUUUAGAGUUUGCCGGGUUUGUCACUAUCUCUUGUCCACUCAAGUCUGAUUCUAAGGCAGCUAUUAAAGAAAUCAUCAACUCCACUCAUCAUGUAAGUUCUUGGUUAGUUGGACUUUUUAAAAACGUAAUUUGAAGUGGGCUUAAUCUGACACCAACUAGCUAAUAAUGCUUCUUGCCCGUAACCAAUUGCUAAAGCGGUAUGACUUUAAAUUGGUAGAAAAGUUAAUUCACCUCUAUAAUUUACAAGGGGCCUCUUCUAGAAUAUAGUAGAAUUAUCAGGGGCUGUCUCUACAGGUUGCCAUGAUCACAGGAGACAACCCACUGACAGCCUGCCACGUGGCCAAAGAGCUGAAGAUGACCAGGAAAGAAACAACUGUAAUCUUACAGCCUCCAAAUGAACUUGGUAAUUCACUUUCAUGCUUUAGGCUUGCUUUGGGCUUUAUGAUGUCUUCAUGAGACUUGAGGUUUUCAUUUUAAAAAAUAGAUUGUUGCAAGAAAACGGUACAUUUAGUAUAUCAACGUUUUGGAACCAAAAUCAGGAGAAUUAUAUUAUUUCUUUGUAUGUUGAACUGUUGGAUUGAGUGUGCUUGUUUGUUUGAUUGUUUUUUAAAAUGUAAUGAAACCAAGGUCAUAUGCAGAAAUUUAGUGUCAGGAUUCAGCUAGGGCUCUAGCCGGCAUGUUUUUAAUUAGCAUGUCGACCAAAAGGCGUUCGGCCACAACCCCUGGAACGUUACCCUGGGCAACAUUACCACCAUGUAGGGGACCCGCGCUGAAAGGCAAAGGUAACGCACGGAGACUGCGUUAGAACGAGCAUGAUUGCAUGGCCUCUCACCAAGUGCAGACGAAUUAUUUUACUAAACGCAGAAACAGGUUGGGACAUGAUUACAGUUGCCGUAUGGAUAUGAGGUGAAGGUGUGUGGGAACCUUUCACCAGUGAUUCUAAAUAUGCAGACUUGAGGGUACUGCUCCUAGGCAACCUCUCUCUCCCAUCUACGGUGUGAAUUAGUCGUGCUGUAGAAUAACCAUACAAACCCUAGUAGAGGGCGUCGGUCUAAACAACUACGCGGUCCCCCCGGGGUGGUAAGGGGGGACUUUAGAGACGUUAAAUAUCCACCCCAACCCCCUAGAAAGUCCGGCCCGGUUCCUGCGUAAGCAGAAGCCCGGCUGGCCAGGUGUUUCUUCUCUGGGGCUGCCACGCUCAGCGGCCAAUCGAGUGGAGGUCGGGCGUGGCGGUCUUAGGGGCGGAAUGUCCCUGGCGUGCCGCUUCGCGGCCCGAUCGGAAUAAAGACCACUGGGGGAGUGGUUGACGGCCGAUUUGGUUGGCGGGGUGGUGCGUUGGGGAGGACCAUAUGAGCUUCGGCUCGGUGUUCGCUGAUUUUCUUAAGUUAGUUAGUUAGUGUCAGGAUUAAACUUUGGAAGAUUACAGUGAUUUCCCUUUGAACACCAUCACAAUAAAAAAAAAAAAAUUUACCAUUCAUGGGUCAUUUAAAUUAAUCUUAUCAAUGGGGCAGAUGGCACAUUGCAAGGUGGCACAUUGCCAGACAUUUGACACUAGGUUUAAUGGAUCUGAUCUUUUCCCUCAACUUUUCUUUCUUACUCAUUUUUUUCCAUUUCCUUUCACCAUUUCUCCUUUUCUUUCUCUUUUAGUCCUGUCCUUACAUCUUUCAUUUAAAAGUUGUUUUAUUAAAAAAAAGUGUCACCUCCUAAAAUUAAAUUGCAAAUAUAUAUUUAUAAAAAUGUUUUUUUAAAGAAAAAUAUUCCAGUUGACAGAUAAUAUUUUGUAACUAACACUGGAACACAUACUUUUUUUGGACAUCUUUUAUUAAAUAGAGUAGUGGAUUGAUUUGAAAAUUCUUAAGUGGUUCCUCAUACCUCCAACUUUGGUAUAUGAGGUUACAAUGAUAGUAUGGUAAUAAUCAAAAUUUAAUUUUUUUUAUUUAGAUCUAAGAAAUCUUGAUUUUCAAUUCUCUGUUUGCAGCUAAGAACUUAAAACCAUGAUUAAAUCAUUAUUAUCUUGUAUCUAUAAUAUGUGGUUAAAAGUAUCUAAAUAAAAAAAAUUAUUUAUCUAUAUUUUAGCUGAUGAGUGGCAUUGGCAGUCUAUUGAUGACAAGACCAUCAUAAAAGCCAAGCCAAACAAUGUGAAGAAAGACCUGCUCAAUGCAUAUGACUUGUGUCUCACUGGUGAGGUAGGUCAACAAAUGUCUCAUUGGUGAGGUAGAUAUUUCAUUGUCUCACCUGUGAGUUAGUUUGACAUUUAUAUUUCAUCAUGUCUCACUGGUGGAGAUUCGGUAAAGUGACAAGGUGUUUUUGUUGUAGGAACAAUAAAAGUAAACCCUUUUUCCCAAUUAUUUUGUUCCUAGCCAAAAUACCAGGCAUUGCCUGGGGUUCCAUUUAUAAAAUAACUUCAACACCCAUUUAGCUAAAAUCAAAUGUUAAGGGCCCUGUCCAAAAACAUGUCCCAAAGAAAAAAAAAGUUAAAAAUUUCUCAUUUAUAUUAACUUUGGUCAACAUUUCGUUCCCCUUUGUGAUCCGUUUCUGAUGGGAUUCCGUUCCAAAAUUACAUUUGGAUCCUGUUUCCAAAUGGGAUCUCAUUCCAAAGUAAGAUAUCUAAACAAUCUUUUCACCAUAUUGUUGAAAAUGUUUUUAAUUGAACGCAAAGUCAGUUUAAAAUACAAAUAAUAUUCCAAAAAGGGCCAUUUCAAAUGUAAUGUUGAGAAUUUCCAACAUAAUAAAUUUGUUAAAAAAAUUAGUAUCGUAUCUUAAAGCUGUAAUUCAGUCCUGAUAGAUAAGUUAUUUGAAGUCUGUCUUAUCCAUCAUGCCAUAUAAAAUGGCUUAGCUUUCCUAAUAAUGAUAAUUCCAAGUAUAAAAAUGAACUACACAAUUAAAGCAAUAGUGUUUACACUCACAAAAAUAAUACUCUGUCCCAUAGAAAAUGCUUUGCUCCAAUCGCUAAUACACUGAGAAUUUAAUGAUUUACAGCAACUUCUAUAUAAACUGCACGGCUACAAAAUAAAUAUCAUUAAACAUUUAAACAUUUUAUUCAACUAAUUAUGCAUUACUUUUUUUCUCAGUUAUCAUAAUUUAAAUACAGAGGUCUUUAAAAUAAUGCUAGGUCGUCAUUUGAUGUGAAUGUAAGGAACACAGCAUUAAUUAUCAAUAAGCCCCAAUCAACAAAUAUGAAAGAAAAAGUGUUUUUUAAAUAAAUACAAGAUUCCAAAAGAACAAAUAAUGUUUGAACCCACCUAUUUCAGUUUUUAAAUCUAUGUAAUGCCACUAAAUUUGAGAAGCUUGUAGAUAAAAUUAGUCAUUGCGUGCUGCUUUGACCGAUCAGAGUUUGCCGUGGCUGGUCUGACGUGCCCUUUUUUAGCAGACGUUGGUAACUUAGUUCCAAGCCUUUGACUAUGGAUACUACAAAUGGGGUGUUCACAAAAGUAUACAAGUUUUAUAAUAAAUUGAAUAGCCUUUGAUAAUAUUUAUUUUUGCUAGCUGUAAAAUGAUUUUAUUAUUAAAAAAAACGCGAUUUGAAUUCUAAAAUCGACGUUGUUUAACAUUUAAUUCUGUUUUAUAGCUAGCAAAAUUAUACCAUAGUUAAGAAAUAUAUUUCCUCUUUCUAGAUCAGUUGCCUCUGAACACUCCUGCAUAAUUGUACAGUUUCUCUGUGAGGUGUUGGGACCCAAUAAAAAUUUUAUCCAGACAGUGCAAUUCUCAGUGAUUCGUUUAGAAUACCUAUUAAAAUUGUUAUUAUUCCUGGAUUUAUCUGCUUAUUAACUUAGAAAAUAAAAAUGACAUUUAAUGAAUUCUGUAUUAAUUGUACAGGCUCUGACAUAUCUGCAAGCUGACAACAAGAAAUACUUUCACCUGCUCCUUGCCAACACUAAAGUUUUUGCCAGAGUAGCCCCUAAACAAAAGGUAAAAAAUAAGAUUAAAUUGAAAAAUCAGACUUGUGAUAAAUCAAUAAAAAUGCGGAGCUAUUUGGUUAUGGAAUUUCUGAAAUUUUAAAAAUCAUUUUACGAUUAUUUAAUUAUGCAACAAAUGUUGAAGCUGCUAUUCUGAAAAUUAACAUGUCUCAAAGAAGAAAUUUAAAUUGCCAUUAAGGAUACUAUGGUGCAUCAUUUCAUUUAUUGUUCACAUAGUAGCAAUUUUUAUUGGUCUAAAAACGAAGUGAAUCAUAAAAUGAUUUGUUUUAAAAUUAUCUUGGGAUGUCUGAACUUGUUACUCUGCUGUGAAUGCAAUCAGUGUUAGCUUCUGAUGUGCAUGCAGUGUUAGUUUCUGAUGUGCAUGCAGUGUUAGUUUCUGAUGUGCAUGCAGUGCUAGUUUCUGAUGUGCAUGCAGUGUUAGUUUCUGAUGUGCAUGCAGUGUUAGCUUCUGAUGUGCAUGCAGUGUUAGUUUCUGAUAUGCAUGCAGUGUUAGUUUCUGAUGUGCAUGCAGUGUUAGUUUCUGAUGUGCAUGCAGUGUUAGUUUCUGAUGUGCAUGCAGUGUUAGUUUCUGAUGUGCAUGCAAUGUUAGUUUCUGAUGUGCAUGCAGUGUUAGUUUCUGGUGUGCAUGCAGUGUUAGUUUCUGAUGUGCAUGCAGUGUUAGUUUCUGAUGUGCAUGCAGUGUUAGUUUCUGAUGUGCAUGCAAUGUUAGUUUCUGAUGUGCAUGCAGUGUUAGUUUCUGAUGUGCAUGCAGUGUUAGUUUCUGGUGUCUACCAUACCAUGAUGUCAUUCCAGGAGCUGAUCAUCACUACAUUAAAGUCCCUGGGCUAUGUCACACUGAUGUGUGGAGACGGUACAAAUGAUGUCGGUGCUUUAAAACAUGCAGAUGUUGGUGAGUUAAUUUGACAUAGUGUUGACUUUCUUGGGUUGUCAAUUUUAUCCAAUAAUGUCAAUGAAAUGUAUCAUCUAUUUAAGCAGGAACUAAAAAGUUGUAUCCGGAAAUUUGAUCGAAAGAAAUUUCGUCAACGGUAAAUUGAUCGAAGAGAAAUUUGGUUGAAUCUUUUUUUCAGUUUUCACGUUAAAAUUGUGCUUCAAAUUUCUUUUUGAACCCAUUAUUUUGUUUUACUAUAUAAUAUAGUGCGUUCAAAAAGAGAUUUGACGAAAAUUUUAACGUGUGAACUGAAAAAAAUUUUCAACCAAAUUUCCGUUCAAUCAAAUUACCGUCAAUCAAUUUAUCGUUGACAAAAUUUCUUUCGAUCAAAUUUACGGUAACCCUAAAAAGUUAUUUUUUUUUUACAUUUAUUUUUUUACUUUUUUUUUCAAAUUUUAAAAAAAAAAAAAGUAAAAAAUUUGUUUGUUGUAAUGACUAAAAAAAUUUUUAACCAAAUUUCCGUUUAAUUAAAUUAACUUCAAUCAAUUUAUAGUUUAAAAAAUUUUUUUCGAUCAAAUUUAAGGUAACCCUAAAAAGUUUUUUUUUUUUUACAUUUAUUUUUUUACUUUUUUUUUCAAAUUUUAAAAAAAAAAAAAGUAAAAAAUUUGUUUGUUGUAAUGACGGGAAAAAAAAAUGUAAUACUUUUUACAAAAAAUCUCUGUUUCUUUCAUGCUAUUCUUAAGCAGCAGUGUUUAUUUUUUAAACUAACAAUUUUUGCUGGCAUAAAUUUACAACAAAAACAAAAAUCAUUUAAACAUACAUGUACUUCUAAACAUCAAUUUGUGCUCAGGUGUUGCCCUUCUUGCCAAUGCUCCGGAAAAACUCCCCGAAAAGAAAAAGAGAGAGGAAGCCAUGCAGGCAAGCGCUUUAUAAUAUUAUUUCAGUAUUUUUAUCAGAAGAUAAUGCUUUUUAAUUUUUAAAAAAUUGAUCAUUGAUUUGAUUAAAUUUUUUCAGUCAUUAAAAAGAAACCGAUGAUCCCACAAUAAAAAGUGGGCUAAAUUUCUUAUGGGAAUAUUAAAAGUAUUAUAGCUUAUGACUGUGUUAAUUUUGCUCCUUACUAAAUGGUUAUUUUGAAAAUAUUAAAUUAAUUGAUUACUGUUAUUACCGUAAUAAAAAAAAACACCCCUGCAUUUCAUAUAGGAUGGAGACAUUGGGAGCCCUGUGGACAAACAAUCUGUUGCUGGCCCCAGCCAACGGGCUCUUGCUGGUCGGCCCAUGGGUAGAGUGGCCAAGCAAAGGGCUGUUAACAGGGGAGACAAUGUACAUCCUCAACAGGUAGAUCAUGAACUUUGACCCAUAAAAAAAAAAUCCAACUGCCAGUAUUUAUAAAAUGUUAAAAGAUUCAUCAAAUGAGUUCUGUAACUGACAUAAUAAUAUUCAUUAGGUGCUGCCUUGCUAUCUUAAAAAUUAUUACUUGUCUAAAAAUGUUAGUUUCCUUGACACCCUAACAAUAAAAUGUAGACACAUUAGUUGAAAACUUAAAAAAAAAUUCCUUGAUUCCCUAUCUUGCUGGUUUGAUUCUUAUGAUUUAAUCUGUAGAAAAAACUUCAAAAUUUGCUCAAAGAGAUGGAGGAGGAAGAGAAGGCUCAAGUGAUCAAGUUGGGAGAUGCCAGUAUUGCAUCACCAUUCACAUCCAAACUCUCAACUGUCAUGAGUGGUAAGUUCUAUUUAAAGUUGGCCUCAUGAUAUUAACUGUCAUCUAAUAAGGGUGUAAUAUUUAAAAAUUCUAAGAUAAAGCAAUGCUUUCUGUAUGUGUCCUGUCUAAUGCGGCUGUAAGAUUUUUGUGAAUAAAGGAAACAAAUUAUCUAAUUAAAAUCACAGUGCUCAUCUUAUACAGAUAGUGAACAAAGCAUGUUUGCAAACUUAUUCUUCAGACUUGAUAUAUAUCAAAAAUGAAAAUGAUGGCUUAACUUGAUGUUACAGAUCAAAAUUGAAUAUAGUUUCUAGUCAUAAAAUUUGUUGCAGAGCUCACCUUGCUGUGAUAUUUUUCAUUUACCUUUAAUCCUUAUAUUAUAAAUCCUUUAUAUUAACUUCGUUUUUGUUGGCGUUUCUUUCUGGAAAGGGACAUUGUGGCCAAUUAUUGUCCCUUCAGACAGUUAUAUGGUUAAAGUAAUUUCAAAAUAGUGAAUUAACCUGAAAAAAUUCUCUCCAAACACGUAACAUAAGUGCUCACUAUUUUUCCUCUACCAGUUUGUAAUAUAAUAAAGCAAGGCCGCUGCACACUAGUCACAACACUACAGAUGUUUAAAAUUCUGGCCCUGAAUGCUUUAGUCUUAGCCUACAGCCAGAGUGUUCUGUAUCUGGAUGGCAUCAAGUUCAGUGAUGGUCAGGCCACCAUGCAAGGCUUGCUGCUGGCUGGUUGUUUCUUGUUUAUAUCCAGGUCUAAGGUAAGGGUAUCUUUAUAUUGGUGGCUGAAGGAUUUCUCUCAAAUUGACAUUUACCUAUUUGCUUGAAGAUCCAAAUAUCUGUUAUAGGCUAAACCAAAUGUUGACAAUUAUACAAAUAAAUUUAAGGCAUUUCUUUUUUUGCUUUUGGUACAAUGGACAUCACAUCAAGCAUAAGAAAAACCCACAAAAAUUCUCCCACCUGUUUGGUAUAAGAACUAAACACUAUGUAAUAUAUGGUAUAAGAGCUAAACACUGUGUAAUACAUGUUUUAACAACUAAACACCAUGUAAUGUAGCCUAGUCUGUGAGGCUCUCGUCAAUAGAUAUUUAUGCUAGCUUUGUAUAGUGAAUAUGCAUUACAAUCUCAAUGCUGUCAUAUUGUUUAAUAUUAGUUUUCAUUCUUAUUGGCUAUCAAUUGGCUUGUGAUUAACUGAACUACUGACUUGAAAUAGUAGGACACGAUAUGUGGAAGCUUGAACCAAACGACAGGACAAGAAGAUAGGAACGUUUCGGCUAAGAGCCUUCCUCAUCAGACAGGACAAAUGAAUUUUAUUAUUCUGACUUGAAAUAAAAAAUGAAUAUUCAUUAUGUCCAAUUAAUCCUGUUCAUCAACAUUAUUUUUGAUAUUUGAAUCAUUUCCAUUCAAACAAUGAUUUGUCUUUAAUAUCACCUCAUCAUGCCUAUAUUGAACAGAUAGAUUCCAUUUCCCAUUGUGUUCUUUGUCACACAACCUGCAGAGAGGUACAUAAGGUAUAUUGUCAACUUAUCAUGCGUUCAAUGAAUCCAACUCUCCACAGCCACUGAAAACUCUGUCCAAAGAGAGACCACUUCCAAAUAUAUUCAACUUGUACACCAUUCUCACAGUUUUCCUCCAGUUCUGUGUACACUUCUCCUGUCUUGUUUACCUGGUGCAGGAAGCCAAAUCUCGAAUGCCCAAAAGGUAAUAAUAACACAAUAAAGUAAUUGAUCAUGAUAGUAAACUUGAAGACUCUGCUCAUGAUUUAACAAUCUUCUAAAAGAUUUUUUAAAUGAAUUGAAUAAAGUUGCAUGCAAUCUUUGAACAGGCUCAGUGUAGGCCAGUUGACCUGUUUUCACACUGGACUUUAUAUAAAAUUAUAGCAAUAAUGUCAAUUAAUUGAAAAGAAAAAGGAGGCACAGUUCAAUGGGUAAAACAGUUUAUAAUCCCCAGAUCUCUAUUGUAAUUUCAUAGAAUAAAUCAAUUAUUUGGCUUUACCAUUCAAUGUCUGACUACAACCUCAGAGCCCAGGAUUUGUUAUUCCUGCCAUUCCGUCAUGAUUAUUCAGUAAUUUAUCAACUGCUAAAAUUGCCCAGGGGGUCAAAAGGUUGCAUUUAUUUUUCCAGGGAAGAUGGAGACUUUGUAAAGCUGGAUAAAAAGUUUGAGCCUAGUAUCCUCAACACAACAGUUUACAUCAUUUCUAUGUCUCUACAAGUCUCCACUUUUGCCGUCAAUUAUAAGGUAUGAUGUCUCUGGGUUGACCAUCAAUUUAUAAGGUAUGAUGUCUCUGGGUUGACCAUCAAUUUAUAAGGUAUGAUGUCUCUGGGUUGACCAUCAAUUUAUAAGGUAUGAUGUCUCUGGGUUGACCAUCAAUUUAUAAGGUAUGAUGUCUCUAGGUUGACCAUCAAAAUUUUUAAGGUAUGAUGUCUCAAGGUUGACCAUCAAUUUAUUAGGUAUGAUGUCUCUGGGUUGACCAUCAAUUUAUAAGGUAUGAUGUCUCUGGGUUGACCAUCAAUUUAUAAAGGUAGCCAGCAUAUUCUGGAUGUGUAGCAUUCUGUAUCCUCAAGUAAACAGUUUUUGUCACUAGGAACAAAUAUGAUGGAAAGGAAAUAUAAUAUUAUGUCAUAUUAAUUAGGUCGUGUGCUACUCAUCUAGAGCAGGCCUGCACAACUCAAAAUGUAAGGCGGGCCGUAAUACGUUAUGAAAAACUUGUGCGGGUCAAAAGAAAAUAAGACUGGACUUGUGCGGGCCAAAAAAAUAUAGGUCAGGGGGACAGCUAAAAAGAAAAUAAUAAGAAUAAAGAGUUUUUCGUUGCCUUGCGGGCCACAAAGUGGGUGCUGGCAGGCCUGUUGUAUCUUGUGCAGGCCUGAUCUAGAGAACCAGAUGUUAUAAAAUAAUAAUAAGGGGUCUUAUAUAACGCGGUACCCCAGCCUAAGGCUGGGCUCACUGCGGUGUACAAAAAUUUUUUAUCAAAAGAGACAUAAUCAUGACAUUAAAAUAAAAUACAUUUAUGAAAUAAAGAAUGUCAAAAAAAUUUAUAUUCACCCACCCCACCACAAAACCUUUUACAAGGCAAACUCAUUUUUUGUUUUUUUUGUUUUGUAUUGACAGGGUGAGCCCUUCAUGGAGCGACUUCGAGACAAUAAACCGUUAAUCUACAGUUUGCUGUUUUCUACUUGUGCUGUGCUGGUGCUGGCCAGUGGUGUCAUCCCUGAGCUGCAGCAGCAGUUUGAGCUGGUCGAACUUCCUUAUGAGGUCAGUCUGAUAAACAGGAGCUAAAUAGUGAGACAAAACAGCAGUGAAGGUUUAUAUACUGUAUUUUUAUUAAGACAUGGCUGUCAGACAGGUGUCUAUUAUUCUAUAGAUGAAGCUGUAGCCUUUUUUAGAAAAUAAUCUAGAAAUAUAAAUAUAAAAUUUUGAAAAAUACCCCCCAAAAAAACAACCACUUAUUCAUGACAUCUUAAUUUACAUUUAUUAGUUAAAACAUUCUUUGGUUUUAGGGUUAUUACUAGGCCCUUAAUUGAAAAGUACAGUUUAAUUGGAAUUUGGAAAAGAGGGUGGGGGAGAGAGACAGGGACAUGCAUUUAGCCAGUUGGGGGGGGGGGGGGAGAGACACAGGGACAUACAUUAAGGCAGGGGGGGAGAGACACGGGGACAUACAUUAAGCCAGNGCAUUAAGCCAGGUGGGGGGGGGGGAGAGACACGGGUGACAAACAUUAAGCCAGUAUUUUUGAUUGUCCCUUUCAAUAUUUGGUCAAAAUGUUCAAUGCAGAUCAACUCUAAAAGUGACUUAUGGAACAUCAAAUGACUAUUUUUGUUGUUUUGUUUUCCUUCUCAGUUUCGUAAUACAGUGCUGGGCAUUGUGAUCGGAGACAUCGUGUCAGUGUUUCUCAUUGAUAGGAUCAUUCAGUUUUUGCUUGGAGGUGGAAAGUUGAAGUCUACAUGUUGAGCUUGAUUGGGUUAGAGCAUCUCAUACAACAAAUAUCGUAUUCAGAAUGUAUGUCAGCUGCUUCAUAAUGUUUAUGAAGUCUUCUUAAUGGACGAGAGAGAGAAAGAGAGAGAGAGAGAGAGAGUCAGGGAGUAAUGAAAAUGCACACAGGCCUGUUGCUGUUUGUGUGUAUGGUAGAUGAGUAUAAGGGAAGGAAUCUUCAUCCAACAUAUGCUGUAUUUAUACCUCUACAUCUGAAUUUUUCUUGUAUGAGUUGUAAUAUUGAUUUCAAAAAUGGUAUGACUAUUGUAGCUAAUGGUAUGACUAUUGUAGCUAACUCUAUUUUUGUAAGGAGAGCAGGGGGGUGGGGGGCUUUUCAGAUUGUUCUCAUUUUUUUAACAACUAACAAAUUGAAGAACUUGCAAUGCCAUUUUUGUUCCCUUCCCAAAUUUCAAAUUUUUCAUUCCAGCCAUUUGAAAUACACCGCACCUAUUGGUUUUGAUUGUAUCAAGGAUUUUCAUGAGAAAAAAAAGGUUACAAUCACAAUCAAUAUCAAUCAAACUAUCAGAAAAACCAUCUCAUAACAAGAGUCAGCUUGUGAUUUUUUUGUUUGUUUACACUUAAUGCUUACAAUUUAAAAACAAUUUGGUCAAUUAAAAAUAAAAAACCAGCAUAUAAAAAAUGUAUUUCAUUUUUUCCCCCCUUACUUCAUCAUCAUUGAGACGCAGCCAUUAAUUGAUGUUUCUAAUUCGUAUUUUACUCUGACAUUUCACACUCAAUUUUGUCUGUCAGUUCCUCAUCUUUUACUCAUCAAUUUUUGUUCACCACCCGUUACAUUGAAUCAAAAACUUUUUAAGGCUGUUGAUAACCGCUGAGUGCUCCGCUGAGUGCUCCGCUGAGUGCUCCGCUGAGUGCUCCGCUGAGUGCUCCGCUGAGUGCUCCGCUGAGUGCUCCGCUGAGUGCUCCGCUGAGUGCUCCGCUAGAGUAACUUGAGCGUUCUUUACUUUUUUGUUAGGGGUAGAUUAAUAACCCCCUCCCCCCAUUUGAUGAUAUCAGCUUGGCUAACUAUGACUUGACAUUGUGCGUAUCUGAUAUUUGAUGAUAUCAGCUUGGCUAACUAUGACUUGACAUUGUGCGUAUCUGAUAUUUGAUGAU